CCUUUCAUUAUCCUAAGCUUAAUGUGUCUCAGUUGAUGAAAUCUUCCUGGGUGAGAACAGUUCUCUUGGGUGUCAUCGACCAGCGAAUUCAGGAGGAAGUGUUUCAGGCUGAAAUGGAACGGAAACUAGCUCACCUGUUAAACGAGGCUUUGGUCAGAGGGCGGAUAUGGAGACGAGCCAGUUUUGCAGGCAGCAACAUUGUACAGAUUGUGAACGUGUCACGGUUAGUUGGUGCUGAUAACCCUGUGGAGCUGAUCUAUUUUGUGGAGGACCAAGAUGGAGAGAGACUCAGUGCUCUGAAGUGCUCAGACCUGAUGAACAGAGUUGAUAUCCAGCGGGCUGCAAUCAUCCUUGGAUACCGCAUUGAAGGCACCGUUGCACAGCCUGUGGAGAAGCUGAAGGAGUCCGGUUCAGAGUCACAGAAUAGCAACCUAUGGAUUAUUGUUGGUGUGGCAGUCCCAGUUGCCGUGGUGCUCCUCAUCGUUAUUAUUUUAUACUGGAAGCUCUGUCGAACAGACAAACUGGAGUUUCAGCCAGACACGAUGAGCAACAUUCAGCAGCGACAGAAGCUACAAGCUCCCAGUGUGAAAGGCUUUGAUUUUGCUAAGCAGCACCUAGGCCAGCACAAUAAAGACGAUGUCCUGAUUAUCCAUGAGCCAGCUCCUUUACCAGGACCUAUUAAGGAUACUACCCCAUCUGAAAAUGGAGAUGUGCCGAGCCCCAAAUCCAAGACUUCCUCAAAACCUUCAAAGACCGUUCGACACCGAGGAAGAGUUUCACCAUCAGAUGCUGACUCCACAGCAAGUGAACAAUCCAGCGGAAGGGAGACAGGAGAGGAAACUGCAAGACCAUCGACUGUUGCAAACGAGGGCAAGCCACGCAGAGCAGUGAAGAAGGGACCUCCGCAGACCAGCAGUGGAAACGAGCAGCACUCCUCAGCCUCUAUCUUCGAACAUGUGGAUAGGAUGUCACGUUCCUCAGAUGCCAGCAGAAGGGUCCCGAGCAAGAUCCAGCUAAUUGCUAUGCAACCGAUGGCAGCACCUCCUGUUCAGAACUCAGUACUUUCUGAUCGAGUAGCAGAGACCAACAAAAUUAAUAAAGAGAUACAAACAGCCCUGAGGCAUAAAUCUGAGAUUGAGCAUCACCGCAAUAAGAUUCGUCUUCGUGCCAAGCGCAAAGGGCACUAUGAAUUUCCGGUGGUGGAUGAUGUGGUGGUGGUUGACUCCAAAGAACAGCACAGAAUAUAUCGCAAGGCACAGAUGCAGAUUGACAAGAUCUUGGACCCUGGAGGCAGUGUGCCUACUGUCUUCAUAGAGCCCAGAAAGAGUUCUCGUGCAAAACGUUCUCCCAAGCAGCGCCGGCGACAUCAGAUAAAUGGAAGUCCUAUUGAUGCAGAAAAGGACAGGUUAAUCACAACUGACAGUGAUGGGACAUACAAAAGGCCUCCAGGAGUCAAUAAUUCUGCAUAUAUUUCUGACCCAGACUUGCCUCCUGAACCUCAGACAUCAUCAUCAGCUGAUUUGGGGAAGUUCCCUGGUUUGCCUUCCCACCCAGUCUCACAGUACGUCCCACCGCAGCCAUCCAUUGAAGAGGCUCGACAAACCAUGCACUCGCUGCUGGAUGAUGCUUUUGCACUGGUGGCUCCCAGCAGCCAAGCAGCCAAUUCCACAGCCAUCACGCCUCCCGGGGUCUCUGCAGGACAGCCGAGAUACGUGGAAUUCGGAAUGACUCCGCCAACAGCACCAGGUCUCCUACCAAGACAGAACUUUGGGCCAGGUUUUCUUCAACCUGCAGAGUUAAUGCACCCAGACCAGCAGCCACCUGAGGUUCAAUAUUCCUCCAGAGGGAUGUACUCAGAGGAAAUGCCAUCAGUGGCACGGCCACGGCCAGUUGGAAGCACUGCAGGUUCUCAGAUACAGCACCUCACUCAGGUGGGAAUUGCUAGCAGGAUCGGAGGUCAACAAGUGGAGAUCCCCUCAGGCAGAGCAGGGCAUGGCCAGCCGGGGGGGCCAGGGUGGCCCCAGUACCGUGGAGAGGAUGAAUGUGCUAGGCGAGAUGCAACGCAUACGCAUGGACACCAAGAAUAUUCCUCCUCACCAGUAUUCCAGAUGCCGAGGACUUCAGCCAGGCAGCCUUCGGCACCCCCUGCUCAGCUUCAGCACAACAGCCUUCAGGCCCAGGGCCUUUGCUACACCACCAGUUCCACUGAGGACCUCCAGCCAGGUCACUCUUCAGCCUCUCUUAUCAAAGCAAUUAGAGAAGAACUUCUACGACUUUCUCAGAAACAGACAACAGUGCAGAACUUCCAUAGUUGAUUUAGCAUUCCCUUGCAAAUCUGCCAGGUAUCUGCUUCCUAUGGAAGCAAAGACUUAGAAGAAAUCAGCAAUGUUGUUCUCUCAAAAGAAUGAACUUUCACAGCUCUGUUGACAGCACUCUGGAAAAAAUGAAAAAGGCAGCAAAAUGAGGAUAGUAGGGAGAGAUGGGGGCCAAACAGGGGAAAUCAUCAGUGUCAUCACAAGUAAUAUUAAUUAAUCUGCUAAUAUUACGGUGCUCCUCUUCUCUCCUUACCCUCAUUCAGCCUAACAAAUAAAUAAAACCUUAGGUCAAGAAGUCAACACUCCAGCAAUGAAAAAAAUC